AUGGAGAGGCUCUUCAGCACUUUGUGCCUGACACAGACCUCGAUGUUUCUCCUGGGAUGUGCAGAGGCUGCUGAAGAAGCAGAGAGGGAAAACCUGAGCUCCCCUGUGCAUCCCCACCAUGCUCCUCUGACUGACUUAGCACAGCGCCAUCCCACCCGGCUCCUACACCUCUUACUCACGACCCACAGCGUGAAAAACACCCUCAGAACCUUGGGAACACCACCUCGUCCCCCAGAGCCGAGAGAUAAGCAGAUAAGCACCCCCCGACAGCCCCUGGGCCUGCAGGGAAUGGCGGGCAGCGCUUCCCCUGCCGGACUACAACUCCCAGGGUGCUUUGCGAAGGCGCCAUGCUUGCGGGCGACCUCGGGGCAAACACCGCCGCCUCUCGCGAGAUCUGCGGCUGCCAUGGCGACGGAGGGGCUGUUCGCGCUGGAGCUGCUGGUGGAGGCCCUGCGGGUGUCGGCUCCGGGCCCCGCGGUCUUCCCGGCCGUGGCCUUGCGCUUCCUGGAUUUCCCCACCCUCUUGCUGCGCCCCGCCGCCUCCGCAUCCCCCCUGCGGCCCGGGCUGCCCUUCCCCUUCGGCCGCGGCAAGCGCUGCCUUUUCCGCUGGCGCCGGGAUUCGUUCUGCGCCGCUCUCCGCCCGCCGCUCCGCGCUCUGCUCCUGGCGCUGCCCUCCGGGAUCUGCCCGGGAAUCCCCCGCCUCCUCGGCACCUGCGGGGUCUCCCUGGCUCCCGCCGCCGCCGAGCUGCUGCAGAAGCCCGGGGCUCCCGCUUCCUGCGGCCGCCGCGCCGCUUUCCCGUUGCGGGACUCCGAGGGCCGCCCUGUCGGGGAACUGGUCCUGAGCUACCGCCUUAGCAGCCUGGAGGCCUCUGAGGUGCCGGCCCCGCCGAGCCCCGACAGUUCCCUUGCUGCCACCUCUCCUGAGCCGGAGGUUGAGGAGGAAAAGGAGGAGGAGGAGGGUGAGGAGCUGGAGGGGAACAUCUUUUGCCCCCCCGCGCUGUAUUACAGCCGCCAGCCCGCCGAGCCUCGUCUGCCACCCGCGGGGAAAUGGGAGCGUGGCGAGGCCUGGAGACCACAGGAGAAAGAGCAGGGCCAGAACUCUUCAUUUCCCACCUCUGGCCCUUCGCUCUUGCACCCUGCCAGCCCUCCCCAGCUCCGCGAUGCCCUGGGGCAGCUGCCGCUACUCAGCGCUUUGCUGGCGGAGCUCUCGGUGCUGACCCAAAGCGCUGCUCCUGCUGCUCUCCACCCUCACCUGGCCUGGCUCUACCAGGCCCCCGGGAGUGUGGGGGGGGAUGCACGGAUCCCCGGUCCCAGCCACUCCUCUUCCUUGAAGCCUGCAGAGGUCCCUGGGAUGCCCGGUGGAAGCAAUGGAUCUGUCAGCCCUCAACAUAAGGAAGGCCGGGAAGAGGCCAGCUCAGCAGGGUCUGGUCAGGCAGGGAGAGGACCUAAGAAAGCUGCAGCCCGAGAAGAGAGAGGCUUGGAAAGGAACAGCAAAGUGAAGGAAAACAGACCUCCCAGAAGGAAACUGUUGUAUGGGCUGACAAAUACACUGAGGCUACGGCUGCAGCAAACCAACCCUGACAAGCUGGUAAUUCAUGAAAGGAGGGAGCAGUACAGGAAAAAGCAAAUGGAGAUCCUGAAGAAGAGAAGCCCUUCAUCCAAAAGAAAACUGCUCAGAAAUGCUGGAGAACGGGGUGUGGUUUCUUCCAAGCCUUCUAGCAAGAGAGAGAGUUCAAAGCAGAAUAAUCAGUCUGAUAAAACAACUGGAGUGCCAUUACAAAAAAGUGCUGUCACAGAGUAUGUUUCCAUGACAGAUGUGUCCUCUGGCCUGCAGAAACAGGCUGCUGAAAGGCUACUGAAGAGCAAUGAAUCUGUAAGCAAGGAGCAUCCAUGCCGAGGAACUACAACCCCCUCAGGGGAUGAACCUGUAUUAAAAUUUGCUCACAAAGCAGAGUAUGUGAAAACCCAGAUCUCAGCAGCUUUCCCAUCAGAUGCUAAUGCAAAGGGAAGUGAUGAGGAAGGGUUGCAUCAUAAAACCACAGACCAUGGUGAUGCCUCUUUUGUGAGUGAUCAUAAACUAAGCCCCAGCAGGAGUGUUGAAAAUAAGUCUGAAUUCCUAUACUCAGAUGACUUUGUUGCUAGUUCUGAAAACACAGUUUAUUCAGAGGAUUUCACCAGUGCUGAGUGUACAGGCAGAGACUCAGAAGCCCUUUACCACAGUCCAGAACCUCUGUACCUUGAAAGCCCAAAGCCAGGUCCUUCAGAUUCAGAGCUGGAAUCCACCAGAUCAAGAAUUUCAAAGCUAAGUCAAAGAGCUGAAAGUACUUCAGAGCUUCUGCCAAUUCCUUCAGCUUCAUCUCCAGUCCAGUCUUUGAAGAGAACUCGUGACUUUAAAAACAGCAAGAGAACUGGGGGUGAAUCUGUUGAUUCACUUAAUCUAGCUGGAAUGGAUGCAUCAGGAUCAGAUGAAGACCAAGAAGCCCAAUGGAUCAGUGAGGAAGAGAACAGGAGGGAUCAGCAUGUUGAAGAAGCAUCUGCACUAAGAAGCAAACAAGUCAGCUCUGAUACCGAUCUGAAUAUAGGAAAGGGGCAGACCUCUGUAGGAAAAAUCCAGGCAGAAACUCCAGUUAGCUCUUCCUUGCCAUCUAACACGUCUGAUUCUGAACUCAGUGCUCUGGAAAACAGUAUGUCAGGCAAAGAGGAUGAUUUCCUGGGAAAACUACACGUUGACAAUCAAUACAAAGACAUCAGUGAACUUGUAAUAAGCAAGCUUCCAGGAUACACAAUGUAAUGACAAGUUUUCACUGAUGUAAGAUGUGAUAUUUAAACUUCAUAAGGCCUACAACAUUCAGCUGCAAUGUGCAGUAGUUAAUUUAAGACUUUAUCAUGUGCAUUUAAUACCUUGGUAAAUUUACUUCAGAGGUUUUAAAAAUAAAGUGCUAUUUGAAUUUCUAA